AGAUCCUAAAUUAGUGCCUAGUAUUGAGCAAUACUACCGUUGCUAUACAUUUUGACCGUUGCAACUAUUGCUCGGAUCAGUCUUUGAUUGCUUUGAUAUGGUUUCCUGCUUGGACGUGAUUUCCGUAUCUGUUGUGAUUGUUUCCUUACUCAUCCUCUGCUGUGAUUCUGCCUUCAUAGCGCAAUGGGUUGACUCAAUGGUGUUCGCACUGUUGCACGAUGGCUUCCAUCUUGCCGUUGCGCGAUUUCGGGCAACUGUACCAAAAAAAUGGAAGAUUGACAAGUCAAGACCGUUGGAAAUGGAUACUGAUCACGGAGGAAGGAGACGGCAUGGCAAUGGCAACUCGGCAACCGGUUUCAAGGAUUUCGCGAACAGACUGCCAGCUUUUGACAGAGGAUUACUAAAGCAAUGUGAAUCGUUCCAUUUUGUUAACUUUCCUGAGGACUGGGGGGCGAAGCAAUUGUUUUACUUCAUCAGAACGAUCGUAAAGGCAGGUAGACUCUGGUACAUUUUCAUUCCCAGCAAGAGAGACAGAAGAGGCAACAGGUAUGGUUUUGCCAGAUUUUUAGACGCGAGGAAUGAGCAGGAGAUGAAGAAGCAACUGGGAAAUAUAUGGAUUGGUAACCAAAGGGUGGUUUUCAACUCGGCUGUGGAAAGAAGAAAGGAGAAGAGAAGUAUGGAAGCAAAACCAGCAGAGGAAGCAAGUUGGAAAAGUAACAAAAGGACAAUCACUGCUGAAGACAAGAAUACAAUGGAAGAAGGGAGUAGGAAGAUUCCAAGAAUGACAUACGCGCAAUGCCUUCUCCAGCAGAAAGAAAUGGCAAACUCCACCGAAACAGGAAACAAAGAUCCAACACCAUCAGAGUCAAAAGAAUUUCCAAGGAGGUCUAUCAAAGGAACGCCCAAGACUCCCAGUGUGAGUCGGCCUCUGUACAAAAAGGUGAUUGAGCUAAAGGACACAGAUGAAGCUGAAGAUAAACUGAUGAAGUGUGCAAUUGGGGUGGUGUUAACUCCAUCUAUCAUCCCAAACCUCCCAGAAAUUUUCUUUAAUGAAGGUUUCCCUUCAAUCAAAAUUGCCCCUAUGGGAGGUAAUCUUGUUUUAAUCGAUGAUGAGGAUCCGGAGCAUGUUAAGGAGUUGGUAGAUGGGAACUUACAGUGGGUGGCAGCUUAUUUUGAUAGAGUUAAGUACUGGGCUCCAUCAGACAUUGCAGAAGAAAGAUUUGUGUGGGUGAGAAUCCAGGGGUUACCUAUACAUGCCUGGUCUAAAGAAAGCUUAUCAACGAUCGGUAACCAUGUGGGUAAACUGGUUUCAAUUGAUGAGUAUACACUCUCUAAGGAAUGCCUGGAUGCAGCAAGAAUUUUAGUCUCCACCAAGUCCAAAUUGGCGAUAAAUGAAGACUUCAUCCUCAAAGUGAAGAAUAAUAGCUUUCACAUUGCUGUAGUGGAGGAAAAUUGGAGGACUGAUCCAUGGAAUGAAAGGUUGGAGUUAUGGGCUGAUUUACAAAAGAUGAUUGAGGAAGAUGAUGGCUUUUGGUGUAUAGCUGGUGAUUUCAACAGUGUAAGAUCAGAGGAAGAGAAAAGAGGAAGAAAGGAGCAUUCCCGCUUCAGGGAGGACCUUAAUGGCUUCAUUGAAAGUGCUGGCUUGAAUGAUUUGCCACUAACAAGGAGGAAAUUCACUUGGUAUAAAAGCAACGGGUCAGCAAUGAGCAGACUGGACAGAUUUCUUAUCUCUGAUGAUCUUCUCACGUUCUGGGGUGACUGCUGUCAGUUUGGAUUAAACAGAACCAUAUCAGACCACUGUCCGGUGAUAUUAAAAAUGGUUAACAGUGACUGGGGGCCAAAACCAUUUACAACUCUGAAUUGCUGGGAUCAACAUCCAGAUUUCAUCAGAGUAGUUGAGGAUAUUUGGAAAACUACAGAGGUUGGGGGAUGGAGUGGAUAUGUGUGCAAAGAAAAAUUCAAGCAAUUGAGGAAUAAAUUGAAGACAUGGAAUAUCGAAGUCUUUGGUAACUACGAGCACCAGAUUGCAGUCGCAGAAGCAAAAAUUAAAGGAGUAGAUAGCAAGAAUGAAGACAAUGAAAUAACAGAGGAGGACAUCUUGCUCAGAAGGGAGGGGUUCAGUGAAUUAUGGGAAGCAUGGCAAAGAAGAGAAGUGGCAUGGAAGCAGAAGACUAUGCUUGACUGGGUUAAGCAAGGGGAUGCCAAUUCUAAGCUCUUCCAUAGAAUUGCUAGCGGCAAUAGGAACAGGAAAUUGAUUCGGGGCUUAUAUAAAAAUGGGUCAUGGAUGGAAGAACCCAAUACAGUGAAGCAAGAAGUGCGGGAUUACUUCAAAAAUAUCUUCCAAGAAGAGAAAUGGGAUAGGCCAAAGCUUGAUGGUUUGCAAUUCAAACAGUUAGAUGAUGAAGACAAACUUUGGUUAGAAAGAGAUAUCUCAGCAGAAGAUGUGAAACAAGCAGUGUGGGAAUGUGGAGGGGACAAGUCCCCAGGUCCUGAUGGGUUCAGCUUCCAUCUAAUUAGAUCUUUCUGGAGUGUGAUUGAAAAAUAUAUUGUUAAUUUUGUUCAAGAAUUCUCCAGCAAUGGCAAACUGGUGCUGGCUAAUAGGAUUAAGAAAGUUAUAUCUAAAGUGAUUAGUGGGGCACAGUCUGCAUUUUUGGGAGGGAGACAGAUCACUGAUGGAAUACUAAUUUUAAAUGAAGUAGUGGAGGAGAUCAAGAGGAAAAAGGCUAGUAGCUUCAUUUUUAAAGCAGAUUUCGAGAAAGCAUAUGACUGUAUGAAUUGGAAUUUCUUAGAUGAAAUGAUGUGGAGGCUUGGAUUUGGUGAAAAAUGGAGAAAAUGGAUAAAGAAAUGUUUGCAAACGGCUUCAGUAAUUGUUCUUAUUAAUGGAAGCCCAACUGAUGAGUUCAAAAUGGAGAGAGGGAUAAGACAAGGUGAUCCCAUUACUCCGUUUCUCUUUUUAAUUGUUGCAGAAGGCUUAAAUGGGUUGAUUGAAGCAGCUGUAAGUAAGGACCUAUUCCAAGGAGUCGAUAUAGGCCCUUUUGGCCUCAACAUAUCCCACCUCCAGUUUGCCGAUGACACCGUUAUCAUGGGGAAGGCAGAUCCUACAAAUAUAAAAGCUGUGAAAGGGAUAUUGAGAUGGUUUGAACUGGUUUCGGGUUUGAAAAUCAAUUUUAACAAAAGUGUGCUGUAUUCGUUCCAUGUCUCGGAUGAGUGGGGAAGAAUGGUAGCUGCUACUCUUAAUUGUAAAUCAGGGUCCAUCCCAUUCACCUACCUUGGCAUGCCAAUUGGGGAUGUUAUGUGCAGGAGGAAAUCUUGGAUUCCAAUUAUUGAUAAUUUUAAGGAGAAGAAUAGGUUAGCAUGGCUGAGUUGGGAGAAAGUAUGUAGGGGGGAAAAAGAGGGAGGUUUAGGGGUACCAAAUCUUGAGUAUAGAAAUAUAGCUUUGCUAGGAAAGUGGUGGAACAGAUUUGGGAAGGAAGAGAACAGCUUAUGGAAGACAGUUAUUUCCAAUAAGUAUUACGGUGGGGUCAUUAAGUGGGAUAUCAAACAAUUUCAAGUUAGGAAAUUACCUUCCUUAUGGGGGAAUAUUGUGGCUAUAGGUAAAGAGGGGGGUAAAGGCUCAUUGGUUUUAAGAGACGGUUUCAUAUGGAAGUUGGGGAUGGGUGACAAAAUAAAAUUUUGGUGUGAUAAAUGGGUAGGAAUAGAUUCUUUGGAUGUUUCUUUUCCUAGAUUAUUUAAUCUAGCUUCUAAUCAGAAUGCUAAUGUUAUGGAAGUGGGUCAAAUUUCUAAUGGCUUAUGGAUUUGGAGAAAUGCAUGGAGACGUGAACCUUUUGGCAGGGAAAGGAACGAAGAACGACUGCUAAAGGAAAGCCUUACAGGCGGGAUCACAUUCUCUACCCAACCCGACCAAAGAAUCUGGAGCUUUGAUACCGCCAAUGGAUACACAGUGGGCAAGGCUUACUCAAUGAUGGCUGGACAGAACAAUAUUUUGGAACCAAGAAUUUGCACAAGGCUAUGGAACAGAUUAGUACCAAUCAAAGUGAGCUGUUUUGGUUGACGCCUCCUUCUCAAUGGCCUCCCAACAAAAUAUGGUCUUUUGAAGAGGGGUGUCAAGGUGGAAGAAACAGAAACAAUCUGU